CUUACACUUGUUCAAGUAUGAGAAAGACUGUGAAACGUCACUGCGCAAUCGCGAUCGCAUCUGUUCUUAUGCCUCUUUUUAAGUAGGCGGCUUUAUCAUCGGUCUCAUCGGUACCUUUUCAUAGGUUUUUGUUCUGACUCUUAUGAGGAAGCCCGUUUGGUGCCACAAAUGACAGCAAAUGACAGCAACUGCUGCAAAGUGACUGGGACGACCAGUAUAGCCAUCAUAUUUACAUAACGAGUGCUUACGUGGAUUAGGAUGAGCUACGGAGCAGCGGAGUACCUAACCGUCCUGCUAAAGGAUGGGCUUGGCGGACGACGCCAAACGCGGGUCCCGGUGCCCAUCGCCGACCUAGCAUCGUUGAUGGAAGCAGUGCGACAAGCCUUCCAGCCGGAGCUUGACACACAGGAAUUCUUCCUAACCUCUUCCAGCUCGCGUGUGAUUGACUCAGAUGCAGCUGCCAGGAAGCUCAGACCUGGGGACCAGCUGCGAGUUUGUGCGGGGACGCCAGGCAGCGCCAUGGCGACUGGCUCCCUGGCCCCCGGUACCAUCGGGCGCUCCAAACCGCCGCUCGGCGGCCCAAAGCAUGGCAGCAGCUUGUUUGGGGCUUCACUGGCAGGCCGCAAGAGCCUGGCGCCAGGCAGCGGUUACAAGCCGCCCGCAAAGGAGCGUAUCAGCUUCGUGCCGCAUCCAAAGACGCUCACCAUGGCGGGCGACUACGAGUACUUUGCGGCACGCGGGCACCACCCCUUUGCUUUUGCGCUGGCCGAGCUCGUGGAUAACUCGCUGCGGGCCACCAAGGGCCAGCAACGGCUUGUGGUUCCAGCGACAAUUGACGGUGGCGCUGUGGUUGGCAGCGGCGAUGGUGCGACGGUGGUCGGGGCUGCUGCUCUGGAGAGCGGGUCCGGCCUCCAGUCACGUGACAUCACAAUCAGCCUGGUGGUCAACGAACGUGGCACUGCAGGGCUUAUCCGCGUGCAGGACAAUGGCCGCGGCAUGACGCCCAAGGAGCUUGGCGAGUGGGCCGUCAUGAACCUGUCUAUGGAGGACAGGGGGCUGCUGCCCAGCGGGACCGAGCGGGCGUUGGAGCUUGCAGGUGGCGGGCGUUACCUCAGCGGCGACUUAUCCUUCUUCGGUGUGGGCUCCAAGACCGCGGCGUUCUUCAUGGGCAGCUCCGUGAAGCUGGCCACGCGGCAGGCGGGCAGCGCCAGCGUGCAUGAACUGCACAUCGCGGGGGCGGAGCUGGAGCGCAGGUAUCGGAGCGGCGAAAAUGUGUACGAGGAGGACAUGAUGCACCGGGAGCCCGGGGACGACUCCACACUGUCGCAGCAGGAGUCUGCGUUUUCCAUGACCCGAACCUGGCUUGCUGCCGAGCCGGCCGCAACCUCCUUCACCCGCGUCACCAUUGCGGAACUGCGGCCCGAGGUGUUGAGCCUGGUGCGGGACAGCGAGAGCUGCGCCAUGGUUUGCCGUGACCUGGCGCACCUCUACCACUACUACCUGCACGGACCCGCGGGCAAUGUUGGGGCCGCAGCGGCGUCGGAUGGCGCUGGCGGGCGUGGGAGCGGUGCUGGUGCCAGUGGGGGCGGAGCAGAAGCAGG